AGGAAAGAGAGAGGGAGGGAGAAAGAGAAAGCAACAGAGGGAGAGAGAAAGAGAAAGAGUGUGAUGUCAAACCAGCUGAGCUCAGAAAGUAAACAGAGCUCCAGACUGCAGCAUGCUUUCUGCGGUACGGGGACUGCAGCUGGGGGAAAGCCACGGGGGGACCCCUACGCUCCCUCACACAGGCACCCACCACUCCCCCGGGACCCGUGGAUCUUCCCUCUUCAUCACUCUCUUCAUCCUCAUCUCCCUGUACCAGGGGCUAGCAUGGCCCUACGACUACAGGUACCUAUAUAACCAGUGUCCGGGCCCAGAGUGGAACGUCAUGUGUCGGGGCUGCUGUGAGUACGACGUGAUCCGCUGUAAGUGUCCCCUCCAAGGCACCCCCGUUGGCUACGCUGUGCCUUGCUGCCGUAACGCCCUCAACGAGUGUGACCCCUGCAUCAUCCACCCAGGUUGCAGCAUAUUUGAGAACUGUAAGCGGUGUAACAAUGGGACGUGGGGGCCCAGAGAUGAUUUCUUCGUCAAGGGGAAGUACUGUGCUGAGUGUCGACCCGGCUGGUCAGGCGGUGCCUGCUUGAAGUGUGGAGGAGUGAUCCGUAAACGUCAGGGCCACAUAGUCCUGGAGAGUUACCCCACCAACGCUCGUUGUGAGUGGACUGUUCAGGUGGACCAAGCAUUCACCAUCGAUUUCAGGUUUAUGAUGCUGAGCCUGGAGUUUGACCAUUCCUGUCGCUACGACUACAUCGAGGUGCGUGAUGGUGACAGUAUCAACUCUCGUGUGAUUGGUCGGUUCUGUGGGAACAACAGGCCUGCUCCAAUCCAGAGCUCUGGCAACUCCCUACACGUCCUGUUUGUAGCCGAUGGCUAUAAGAACUUUGACGGCUUCUUCGCCACCUUCCAAGAAAGCUCAGCAUGCAGCUCCUCCCCCUGUCUCCAUGAUGGAACCUGUAUCCUGGACACGUCCCAGUCCUACCACUGUGGCUGUCUGGCUGGCUACACUGGACAGCGGUGUGAGAAUGUUGUAGGGUGCAGGAGGCCCCCAGUACCUGUCCAUGGCUCCACAGAGGGGAUAUUCCAUCACUCAGGGGCGCGAGUCACAUUCCGCUGUGACCCUGGGUUCGAGCUGAGGGGGAUCCGCACCGCCAUCUGCCUCCAGGAUGGCACCUGGAGCACCCCUGCCCCCCAGUGUGUGCCUAUGGUGAAAUUAUGUGUCAUCCCAGCCAAGCCUGUGCAUGGAGACCACUUCCUAGUGUACGGGCCCAAUGAUAUCAUCAUAGCCCUGCAGUACCUGUGUUACCGGCCCUACAAGCUGAGCGGGACGCACCAGAGGACCUGUUUGCCCAACAACACCUGGAGCGGAACACCCCCCACAUGUGGUAAAGUGAAUAAUACACUUGCUGAACCAGGCAAAGACAAAGGAAAUGACAAAGCAAGAGAUACAGAAAAGGACAAGGAAAAGGAUGCAGAAAAAGAGAAAGACACUGACAAAGACAUUGAAAAACCCAAAGACAAAGAGAAAGACUAUAAUACAGGUAUCAAAGAGGACGUGGCUGGUAAAGAUCCAGACGCAGGCCUGAGGAACACAACAGUGGAUGGUAAAGAUCCAGACGCAGGCCUGAGGAACACAACAGUGGAUGGUAAAGAUCCAGACGCAGGCCUGAGGAACACAACAGUGGAUGGUAAAGAUCCAGACGCAGGCCUGAGGAACACAACAGUGGAUGGUAAAGAUCCAGACGCAGGCCUGAGGAACACAACAGUGGAUGGUAAAGAUCCAGACGCAGGCCUGAGGAACACAACAGUGGACGGUAAAAAAGAUGGUAAAGACAAAAACAUAGACAUUACUCUGGUUAACAUCCCAGGACGAAACGAGGAUAAAACAAGUGACAAAGAAAAAGAAACUGGGCUAGAGAAACCUUCUGGAGGUACCAAGGAUAAAGUGGACAGUAAGGAAACGGAUGACAUUGUAAACACAGUGGAGGGAGAGAGAGAAAAUGACGUGGGGAAAACCAUCGCAGACAUAGAUGGCAGUCCAGAUACUGGGGGAGACACAGACGUGAUACGGGAGAUAGGAAAGACAACAGAGAUCCCUGAGAUAGUGGUGGUGGUGGUGGAAGAUAAAGGACAGGAGGAAGAGAAGAAGAAAGAGGAUCCAGUAGAUAAAAGCAGUGAUCCAAACAUAGUUGAUCCUAAUGACUUAAAACCUAGGGGAGACACAUUUGCCAUAGAUUACACUGAGUUAAAACCUAGGGGAGACACAUUUGCCAUAGAUUACACUGAGUUAAAACCUAGGGGAGAUACAUUUGCUGUAGAGUACACUGUUACGGAUGUGUUUGGCACCAAUGACAUAGAGCAGGGUAUGAAUACAACAAUGUCUAAAGACAUUGUGAAGAUUUUUAUUCCAACUAGAAACAACAACACACAGUUCACCCCAUAUUCAUCAGGAGGUCAGGAAACUGAGAGGCUGGUGGAAAAGCCACACGAAGAUAUAGGAGCAACUAAAGAUGUAGGCUCAACUAAAGAUACAAUGGCAAGUACAAGCAAACCUGAAGAGGAAAAUACUGGAAAAGAUUCUGACAAAACAACUAAAGAGGAGUCUGAUGAUGAGAAGAGAGAAAACCAAAGCAUCAGUGAGGAGAGCUGUCCCCCUCUCCCACAGCUCUACCAUGGGUACCAGCAGGUAGUGCCAGGGCUGGUGCCAGAGACAGUGGAUUUCUUUUGUAAUCACUCCUACGCUCUGAGUGGUGACGCCAGACGCACCUGCCAGCCUGGUGGAACCUGGGGGGGCACUCAACCCCUUUGUGUGAGAGCCUGCAGAGAGUCCAAGGUCUCAGAGCUGGUCAGACAGAGAGUUCUGCCUCCACAAGCUCCAUCCAGGAAGACCCCUGUGCAGAAGCUCUACUCAUCCUCUGGGUUUGUGAAGAUGUUCCAGUCUGUCGGCCCCACCAAAGUUCCCCCAAUGCUAUCCCAGCUGCCCCAGGGGUUCCACCACCUCCACACUCACAUAGCGUACGAGUGUGCCUCUCCCUUUUACCAGCACUCAGGCAGUGCACGCCGCACCUGCCUCAAGACUGGCAAGUGGAGCGGGCGUCAUGUCUCCUGUUCACCAGUGUGUGGGAAGCACCCCACCUUUGACCCCCAGAGCCCGGCAGAGUCCCACUGGCCCUGGCUAGCCGCCAUCUACCAACGCCCCACCAACGGAGCAGGGACCAAGCUGGACAAGAAGGCCAGCCUUGCGGGGUCACUAAAGAAGGGGACUGGAGCUGAAUCAGGUGCUGGGGUUGGAUCCCAGGGGCAGGAUGAGGCCUCAGGCUGGCAGCUGGUGUGUAGCGGGGCCCUGGUGAACCAGCGGAGUGUGGUGUUGGCAGCCCACUGUGUGACUGAACUGGGGAAGCUGUACCCUCUGGAUGCAGCCACGGUCAAGGUGGUGAUGGGAAAACACUACCGCAGUGACCUCCGGGAGACCAAGGGCCUGCAGCAUCUCAGGGUGGCCUCCAUCUCUAUCCACCCCAACUACGACCCCCUGGUUCUUGACUCAGACCUGGCAGUGAUCAAGCUGCUGGACAAGGCUCGUAUCGGGGAGAAGGUCCUGCCCCUCUGCCUACCUGACAUCCAGGGGAGAGAGGUGACCUCCAGAGAAGGGUUGGUGACGGGCUGGGCCCCCCUGCCAGAUCCCCGGAUCGGGGAAGAGGAGCAGGCCAGGGUGGGUGUGCAGCACCUGGCCGACGUGGUGCCCUGCGAGCAGCAGUAUGCCCGUAAAGGGGUGCCCGUGAGCGUCACGGACAACAUGCUCUGUGGCCGCCAGCGACCCGACUACAGCCCAUCUAACAUCUGUCCCGCGGACACAGGGGGUAUCCUGAUCCUUCCUGCCCAGACAGGCUCCCCCCAGGACCCCUCUCUUGCCUCUCCAGAGGGGCAGGACACAUCCAAAGGGGAGUGGCGGCUGCUGGGGUUGGUAAGUUUCGGGUAUGACCAGGGAGAGUGUGACCCAGACCUGUUUACAGUGUACACACAUGUGGCCAACUUCAAAGACUGGAUAGAGAGCCAUAUGAAGUGACAUCACCAGGAUGUGACUCGCCCUGUAUCUCUUUUUCCUCCCUCUCUUCAACCAACAACUCCCUCUUUUGCUUCAUCAUUAUUCCCCCUCUUACUUUUAUUUGCCAACAUUUUUCUCCAUUCUCCAUUCUCAUUUUUCUCAAAUCUACCUGCUUCUUGUCAUACCCCAGCAGGGAGUGUGAUCACAAAAGAGCAGAGUAACACUGGACUGUACAGUGCUCUGAACUGACUUUAGGAGGCCCUAACACAAACGGAUCAGAUAGAGCUGCCCUCCACUCAGCACAGUACUUCAGUGUUCAGGUUUUACCUUAAAUUUGGUCUUAGACUUGAAAACGAAAACCAGUUCCCUGGGAAAAGCUGGUUUUCAUUGUAUUCUUUGAUAUGUAUAUAUAAUGUAAUGAAUUAUUACACGUGGUUCAAGGGAUGUACAUAUUGUAUAGAAGGACAUAAAUGUAAUGUUGUUUUUAAUGAUAGAUAUGUGGUUGUGUGUAAAGAAACGGGGGUCUGGUUAGAGUUGUUCAUCGAGUGUGGUUCUGUGAGCUUUCAUCCAGCAUUAAUUCAAAGGAUACCCAUGUGAUUCUACUAAAUAGAGUUGAGAGAGAGAACCUGGUGCUUGCUAUGUAAACCAGACAGCCAUUUGGCCAGGGCCAGAGAAAGCCUAUGAAUGAAUCCAGAUCAAGUAUAAGGGCUGCAAUCGAACACCUGCAAAUUGAAAUCAUUAACAAAAUAAUUGAUGUGCCUACACAGUUAAUAAUGUGUGUAUAACACAGUUAAUAAUUUAAGUGUUGACCCUCUGCAAGCAUCUAAAGAGAACAAUUGGUAAGUAAUCGAUGGAGAAAGUGUAGUGUGAACAUUUAGCCACAGGGUGGCAGAUUUAAAACGUCAAUUUAUAUGGAUUUAUGUGGAGGGAUGCUCUGGUAUUGGUAUUUUGGUAUUUUAUUAGGAUCCCCAUUAGCUGUUGCAAUAGCAGCAGCAACUCUUCCUGGGGUCCACACAAAACAUGAAACAUGACAUAAUACAGAAGAUGAAUAGACAGCUCCAGGACAGAACUACAUCAAUUUAAAAAAGGCAUAUCAAUGCAUACACACAAACUAUCUAAGUCAAAUAUAGGAAACAGGCUCAGCCCAAAUCUCACAACCAGAGGGAUUGGGUAUUCAUACACACCAAAAUGGUACUAACUCCACUUUCUCUCUUACAAUGUCCACAACAUCUACAAAAAAUGAAGUCAGAACAAGCCCACAAGCCCAGCACAGUUUUUGAUCAGCUUGUACUUAUCAGGACCAUAUUUGUGUGAUAUGUGUGAUGUACUGUAAGUGUGUGUGUCCAUUGUUCUCUGCUAUACAUUGCAGCACAUCUACCGUAGCCCACCUUGCUCUUUCUUCUCACACGCGCGCACACACACACAGAGACACGCAGACACACACACAUGCAGACACACACACACACACACACACACAGUGUCUGAAAGAUGAACAGAUGAAGGGGUAUUUCUACCACAUUGGGGGAACUGCUGUGUCUGCGAUUGUGUUAUAGGCGCUUGGGUUAUGAGUCAUGAUGAUUCUGGGAAGGAGAAUGAGCUGGUGUUACUGGUGAUGCUUAGGCUGGGGUGCCAUCAUUGUGAUAGCACUUCAAAGCUUAUGAAGAGUAAACAACCAAUCAUUGCAUAUACUGUUUGUGAUUCAAAUACAAUAGUGGCCUCAUGGCAAUGUGAAAUGGAAAAUGGCAGUGAGAUGUCCAUCUUUCAUUGUACAGGAAUAGGAAGCAUCUUGGGAGGUGUUUCAACGACAUCUACAAGAUUGCCUUAGCAAGCUGAGAGACAUCACAUUGUAGAAAAUCUGCUCUUGGCAACAAUUACAAUCUGACCAUAGCCGUCCCUUGGACACUCACUGCCCUGGUAGGAAUAGUCUGUACAAAGGAUACGUGGAGGGAGAUCGAAGUUCAAUAAAAUCUUUUGAUGGAUGUCA